AUGCCCCUCUCUGCAUCAGACAAGGAGCGUGCAGAGCGUGCUCUGAAACGUACUGUCGCUAAACGAGAUGCGUCAGUUGCCCAAAUUAAUUUAUUACAUGAUUUGGCGAAAAACAUAGGUGAAAAUAGAGAUGCUCUCCAUGUAUUCCGUGCUAGACAGAGGGAUGUUCAAUCUCUUAACAGCCAGUUCAUUGCUGAUCAAGACUCGAUUUUUGACCUAUUAUUACAACUCGACCGUGAGGGGGAAUAUUAUUCGUCACAUGUACCUUUAAAUAGCGAAGUGUCUGUAAAAUAUUAUGCCAUUAUGGCUGCUACUGACGCGAUAGGUUACGACACCCGUCCAUCAGUGCCAUCGUCGGGCAUAUCGAACACAAAGGAUAGAUCACAGAUACAACUGCCAAAAAUCCAAAUCCCAAGUUUCGACGGUGAUAUCCUACGGUGGAGAACUUUCCGUGAUACAUUCAAUUCGUUGGUACACGAAGACGACGAUAUACCAAAAAUCGUGAAAUUUCAUCAUCUAUUGUCUGCUGUGACGGGUAGCGCAAGUGCAGUAGUGUGUUCUAUACCAUUAUCCGAGUCAAACUAUCAGGUAGCAUGGGAGGCUCUCCAUGACCGUUUCGAUAAUAAACGUCUUAUUUUACAUGCACAUUUGGAAAAAUUAUUUAGUUUUCCACCACUAAAAUCGUCGUCGCUGAACGACUUGAAGAUUUUUCUCGACACGUUUCAAGAGAAUAUUGGUGCAAUCAAGACCUUUGAACUUCCCGACAAAGAGGGCUUUAUAUUGUUUUAUAUUGCUUCUCGAGUGUUGGAUCCGUCUACUAAGUGCCUAUUUGAAUCCCAACAUAGUAGUAAUGCUCUACCUGUAAUAACUGAUUUAUUGAAGUUUGUCCAAAACAGAUGCCAAGUUCUCCAAAACUGUUCAGGUUCUACUACGUUAGAAGCGCAUGUCCACAGUAAACCAAAACCACAAAUCAAGAAGUCUUACUCAGCUCCUCGCACUUCUCUGGUGGCUGCUGCUGGUAAGGGCACGACCGCUUGCCCGCUAUGCCAAGAAUCACAUUAUAUCGGGAAGUGUGAAAAAUUCAUUAAGGCAUCCACGCAACAGCGCCUUAAAACCAUACAAUCUCAUCGAAUGUGUACAAAUUGUCUUAGUGCCACGCACACAUCAUCGAAAUGUAUGUCAAAAUAUGUUUGUCGUCAGUGUUCGGCUCGACAUCAUUCGAUGCUUCAUCUCGAUCAAGGCGAUCAACAAGUGUCGUCAUCUCCAUCAUCGAAGUCGGACUCUAAUGUCGCAAUUCCAACCACAGGCAAUGCCUCAUCUGCGUUUGUCGGGACCGUGAACGCCACGAACCUCAAUGUAUUAGGCACUGCACUCGUACGCAUCCGUGAUAAAUGUGGACAAUGGAUACCCGUCCGAGCUCUAAUUGAUUCUGGAUCUCAAAUAUCAGCAAUCACACACGGUUGCGCACUCCAGCUACAACUACCCCGACGUCCAACGACCGUUAAUGUUGUAGGCCUUUCUCAAAAUUCUGUCAUACACGCAAAGGGAUGUGGUACAUGUACUAUGAUUCCACAUACUUCUAUGUGUUCAGAAAUAACAUGUGAAGUGGUGAUUUUGUCUAGAAUAACGGGUUCAAUGCCUCCAACCAGUCUAGAUCCACGUAUACGAUCUACCUACGCAGACAUACAUUUUGCUGACCCGUCUUUUGAUCAACCAGGACGUAUCGACUUUCUUCUCGGAGCUGACAUUUAUAAUCAAAUAUUCAAAAAUGGUUACCAAGUACGUCACGUCAUUGGAUUACCUUCAGCAUUCGAGACUAGUCUUGGAUGGAUUUUUGUCGGAACUUCAUUUCAAGACAGUUCACCUUCACACUGUUCGUCUCUGCUAGUGUCAUCCGAACCUCCUCUCAACCAAUUGCUCAGCCGUUUUUGGGAAGUAGAAGAGCCGGUUGUGCGUCCCGGGCCAUUCACGGAAGAAGAAAAAUGUGAAGAACAUUUUUGUCAAACGACUAAUCGUGAUGAGUCUGGUCGGUAUAUUGUGAAUUUCCCGUUUAAGAUUGACCCGAGUACAUUGGGUGAAUCGCGCAACAUGGCGUUGUCACGUUUCUUCAAUCUAGAACGGAAAUUACAAAACGAUUUAGAGUUGUAUGAAGCAUAUAGAUCAUUCAUGGACGAUUACCUCAAGCUUGGUCAUAUGCAACUUGCUGCUACACCAGCUAAAUACAUAAUACCACAUCAUGCGGUUGUCAAGCAUGAAAACAAUAAAAUCAAAAUACGGGUGGUAUUCGAUGCGUCUGCCCGCACAUCCAAUGGGUCGUCUCUAAACAGCAUACUUUAUACCGGACCGAAAUUACAACGGGACAUAAUGGAUUUAUUAAUGUGUUGUCGAUUACAUCGAUACAUGUUUACGGCGGACAUUUGCAAAAUGUACCGCCAAAUUAUUAUUCCACCUUCAGAGCGUGAGUACCAACGCAUCUUAUGGCGAAAUGACCCUUCCGCCUCAUUGGAAGAAUACGAGUUAUGCACCGUAACCUACGGAGUCGCGUCUUCUCCGUAUCAUGCUAUAAGGGUGUUACAUCAACUUGAAAAGGAUGAAGGUAAACAAUAUCCGGCUGCUAUGGAUGUCUUAUCCACCCAAACUUAUGUGGAUGACAUUAUAACAGGCACCAAUACAGUAGACAAAGUACUAAUGUUACAACAACAAACAAUUCAAUUGUUAGCUCAUGGUGGAUUUGUGCUCAAGAAGUGGGCAAGCAACUGUCCUGAAGUAUUGAAAAAUAUUCCUACGGAGGACCGGACUACAGUAAUAUCCUUCGACCAAAAGGAUGAAUGCACCGUGAAAAUACUCGGGCUCCACUGGGAUCCACGUUCCGAUACCUUCACGUAUCACAGUGGAUCGUUUAAGGCAACACCCACCAAACGUUCUGUACUAUCAGCUAUUGCACAAAUGUAUGACCCACCUGGAUUGCUAGCCCCUAUCAUAUUUUGGGCGAAAUGCUUCAUGCAGACCUUAUGGAAAGGCGGAUAUACUUGGGAUCAGCCCAUAUCAAAUGAACUAUCGUCAUCAUGGAAAACAUUUUCGUCAGAGUUACCUAGUGUGGCUUCACUCAAAAUACCCAGGUACAUCCCAAUCGAUCAGUCCUGUCAUGUUCAGUUACUCGGUUUUUCCGAUGCGUCAAAGAAGGGAUUUGCAGCGGUUGUCUAUAUCCGGUUAGAGUAUCCUUCAAAAUUAUCAACGGUACAUUUACUAACUGCAAAAUCAAAGGUGGCACCCUUGAAAUCAGGAAAUAUGGACGAGUCGUUGUCUAUUCCACGAUUGGAACUUUGUGGGGCCCUGUUACUUGCCCAAACGCUACAUCGUGUUCAACAAACCCUUGCCAAAAUGGUACAUAUCUCAUCUAUGCACGCAUGGACGGAUUCCACUGUUGUGCUCGCGUGGAUAACUACUCACCAAGUACAAUUUAAGGUAUUCGUUACAAACCGGUUGAAUAAGAUCGCGGAACUGAUACCAUCAUGCACAUGGCGUCACGUUUCCACGCUGAACAACCCAGCAGACUGUGUUUCACGUGGAAUGCAUGCCAACGAAGCACUGUCACAUACUCUGUACUGGACCGGCCCCGAGUUCCUGCGUCAACCGGAGAGUGGCUGGUCGUCCACUGGUUUUAACGUCAUGCCACUCGACAGACUCCCAGAACGGCAGAUCCCUACAGAAUCAAGUAAUCUUGUCACCGUUCCAACCCUCAGUACUGAUUGGUUACAGCGUUUUUCUUCAUUCACUCGGGUCACUCGAAUUGUCGCCCACAUGUAUCGGUUUAUAUGUCGUAUUCGAAAUCAAUUUUCAUAUUCGGGUUUUAUUCGUUGGUCAGAGCUAGAGCAUGCUCUCAAGAUAAUCGUUAAAGUCACUCAAUCACAUGAAUUUCGAGACUUAAUCAAAACCUUGUCAUGCAACAGAAAUGGUACAAUUCCACUGUCCGUUGCGCGACUUACGCCCUUCCUAGAUACUGAAGGAAUUGUCCGAGUAGGUGGACGCAUACGAAAUUCAAUGUCCAAGGAGGAUUUCAAGUUUCCAAUAUUACUGCCGAAGUCCUGCGUACUCACUACAUUACUUGUGCGUCAUUAUCACACUAAACAUUUGCAUGCAGGACCUCAAUUGGUCUCAUCCUUGCUAUCGGUUCGUUUCUGGAUAUUGUCAAGUCGGUCCAUCAUUCGCUCGGUCAUAUUCAAAUGCGUGGUUUGUGCAAGACAACGAGCCACUCGGCCUACACCGGUAAUGGGAGACUUGCCAAAUGUUCGAGUUUGUCCUUCGAGGCCAUUCAACAACGUCGGUAUUGAUUACGCAGGCCCAUUAUGGAUUAAGGAAGGGAGACGCCGCAACACUCGCUCAGUGAAGUGUUAUCUGGCGAUCUUUGUCUGUAUGGCAAUCAAGGCAGUACAUAUAGAGGUCGUUUCUGACUUAUCCACACCUGCGUUCAUAGCUGCACUACAUCGUUUUAUUUCACGUCGGGGUAUUCCAGCUCAUAUCUAUUCCGAUUGUGGAACGAACUUCCAAGGCGCCGAUGCAGUAUUACGCACUCAAUUGCGAGAUCCGGUUGUACGUGAACUCUGUUCCACCCAGAUUCCAUGCCAAUGGCAUUUCAAUCCUCCUGCAGCCCCUCACUUUGGGGGACUGUGGGAAGCAGCUGUGAAGUCAACAAAAUAUCAUCUUAAACGAGUCAUUGGUACUCAGCUGUUGACAUUUGAGGAAAUGUCCACCUUAGCUCACAGAAUUGAAGCUCUGCUCAACUCACGGCCACUUGUACCACAAUCAUCUGACCCAUGUGACCUACGAGUGCUAACUCCUGGAGACUUUUUGAUCGGAUGUCCGUUAGUCGCGUUACCAGAGCCAGAUCUGACUUCCACGCCGAUGAACCGGUUAUCUCGAUGGCAGUUACUGACCCAGUUUCAACAAUCGUUUUGGAAACGGUGGUCAUCAGAAUACUUGACUACGCUUCAGGGCCGAUCAAAAUGGUAUCGUAAGCAAGUGAACAUCGCAGUCGGAGACCUCGUGAUAGUGCAUCAUCCAAAAACAUCUCCAACACAUUGGAAAUUAGGGAGAGUCGAGUUGACCCAUCCGGGCGAGGAUGGAGUGGUGAGAGUCGUUACCGUUCGAACAAGUGACGGGAGUUACAAACGGCCCGUCGUGAAGUUAGCAGUUUUGCCUGUCGAGGAUGAACAGGACUCCUGA